AUGCUAAAGCACGACAACAAUCGCGCUGAAAUCUUGGCUGCAACAGGAAUUCUUCAACGUCUUUUGGUUUGGGAAGAGAACGACAAAGAAAAGAAGGAUCAAAAGCACAAGUCUUUGCCGAUAUGGAUUAAGAAUGAUGAUCUCCGCCUUGGAGAGGCUGAUAGAUUUGCAAGAAGGGCAAUACGGAAAGGUAUCCAAAAGAAGGACCCGGUCGACAAAGCUUACGACAACUUGCGUGUACACAUUAGAUAUAAUGGCCAAACCAAGGGACACAAACCCACCGAUGGAUACCAACCGUCGCCUAUCGUUGAACUUCUCAAAUACGAAUUCGGCAAAUUAAAAGAAUCAUUGCGUAAGGACUGCAAGGAGGAUUUCCCGAGUGCUGAUCAACCUGACACCAGCCAGGCUCAACCUGACACCAGCAAGGCUCAACCUGACACCAGCAAGGCUCAACCUGACACCAGCCAGGAUCAACCUGACACCAGCAAGGCU